AUUAUAUAAAAAGAUGGUGAUAAUUUGGAUUUUUUUCAUAACAAGUGCAAUCAUCCUUGGUAAUAAUCCUUACAAACAACAAACACGUUUCCGAUAUUUACCCGAUAAAUCUGAAAAAAAAUUUCAAAAAUGAAAUUUCAAUUAUUUUUUGCCAUAACGGUAACAAUAGCUAUCGGUCUAGCAUAUGCUGGCGAUGAUGAUAAACAGAAAAAAAUUGAAGAAGCUGAAGAAAUGAUUAACCAAGCCAGAGAUUUUCUUAAAGAUAAACAAAUGAAUGGUCAUAAUGUUGGUGAAAUAUUAGCUAUUCGUGCACAGAUUGGUAUCAUUAUUGCAAUCAUUGGUGAACUUCAUACAACCAAUGAUGAAAAAGCAUUGAAAAAUAUUUAUGAACAAUUGGAAAUACAUGAAAAAAAAUUACAAGAUGAUAUUGAAAAUUUUGGUAAACAUUCAACAACGAAAUCAAUAAUUACAGGUAAUAAAAAAGAUGAACGUGAACGUAGAAUUCUUCUUGAACAGGGUUACAAAUUAAUUGACGAAACGGAAUAUUACCUUCAAACACAUCGUGAUUCUUAUCAUGAUCAACAUGCAAUUGAUCGUAUUGAACAUGAAUUGGCAACAGUAAAAUCAUUGAUGGAUCAAUUAAAAGAUAUUCAUUAUGAUGAAAAAGAAUUAAGAGCGGUUGAAAAACGUCUAGGUGAACAUGAAAAAACCUUGAAAUAUUUGAUUAAUCAUUACCGUAUGAAUUAAGAUUGCCAAAAUGAUAAUUGCUUCAUUGAAUUUUUUUUUUUUUUGCAUUUAAAUUGAAAUUGAAAAU